AUGGGAAGUUAUUUGAUGAUUGCAUGGGAUAUUAGAAUUAACUCGGAAAUUGUGAGGUUUUAUGUUGGUUUUAGGAGUGUUUUUCUUGCCUAUGUUGUGCUAUUGAGAGUCCGAGGCUCAAUUGGGAGUUUGGUUGAUUUGGAGGAGAUUGAAGUUGAAGCUAAUCCUGGAGCUAAUCCUCCCUUUGCUGUGUUUGAGGGUUUUAUCAAUAGAAUUUGGGGCAAACUGGGUAUUGAACGGAUUGCUAGAAUGAAUGCUAGUUAUACUCUUGUAAAAUUCAGGGAUGAAGCUACACGUGAUUUGGUGUUGGAAGCUGGAGUUGUCCAUUUCGAUAGGAAACUAGUUAUCUUGAGGCCGUGGUCUACUGAUCUUGAUGCUAUGAGGUUAGUGAAAUAUGUUCCUGUAUGGGUUAGAUUGCCUGGUCUUGGGCUGAAAUAUUGGGGUGUUAAGUGUUUGAGUGCCCUAGCGAGUACCAUUGAUAAUCCUAUACUAGUUGAUAAAGUUACUAAAGAUCGGUCCAUGGUGCAAUUUGCUAGGGUGUUAGUGGAUGGUGAAAUAACAGAGGAUGUUCCUAAAUCUAUUCAAUUUCUAAAUCAAAGAGGACAGUUGAUGGAGCAAAUGCUGGAAUCUGAAUGGUUGCCGACUCAGUGUAAAAGAUGCAAAGUUUUAGGUCAUGCUGAGGCUUUUUGUAAUAGAAAACAGGGUGAGGUUUGGAGGAAAAAAGACAGGAAGUCUGGAACUCAGAAUACUGAAGAAGUUCCUAUACCAAAAUCCACUGACCUGCACUCUAUCUCAGUUACUACUGGUACAACUAGUGAGUUAAUCUCAAAAGAUACACAGAAAGUUAUUGCUAAGGAGAUGAGUGACCCCCAUUCUAUCUCAUUUCCUACUGGUACGGAUAGUGUGUUAGUCUCAAAAGAUACUCAGAAAGCUGUUGUUAAGGAGAGGUGUGAUACUAGGGAUGGGCAUGAUUCAGAUUGGCUCACUCCUAAACGAGUUGGGGGUGUAAAGAUUUUGGCACCUACUUCUCAGAAUCAGUUGAAGAAUUCUUAUACUAGUGAAGGAAGAAUUCUUUUGGUUUGGCAUACCGAUAUAGUGAUUGUUGAGGUUUUACAAGAAAACGAUCAGUUUAUUCACGCUUAUGUUAAAGAUUUGGGUUCGGGUAAAGAGUUCUGUCUGUCAUUUGUGUAUGGGAGGAAUACGAUUGAGGAGAGAUUUCAGUUAUUGCAAGAUUUAACUGGGUUGACUUUUCCAGUUAAACCUUGGCUUGUGGCUGGAGAUUUGAAUUCUGCUUUUGAUUUUGAUGAUCGACUUGUUGGUUGUGCUAUUACUGUUAUGGAAAUGGCUGAUGCUCAGAGAUGGCGAUCUCUUGGUUUGGUUGAUGAACUUCGCACUAGUGGUUCCCAUUUCACUUGGACGAAUAAGCAAGCUGCUGAGGCUAGAAUCUAUUCCAAAUUGGAUCGUAUCUUUAAAAAUGAAGCCUGGACGGAUUUAUUUCCUCAUUUUGAAGACUAUGUUAAUUGGGAUGUGCUUUCUAACCACUGUUUUUGUAUCAUUAAAUCCAUAACAGCUUUGAACUCAGGAAUUAAACCAUUCAGAUUUUUCAAUAUGUGGGCUGACCAUGAUGGCUUCAGGGAAAUUGUUUUGCAGAGCUGA